AUGCACGCUCCAAGGACAAGUCAUCUCACGACAGUAAAUAGAAUUCUAAGGUAUUUGAAGAGCUGUCCAGGACGUGGUAUUUUGAUGAAAAAGAAUGGACGUAGUCAGAUUGUUGGUUAUAGCAAUGCUGAUUGGGCAGGAUGUCCAAUAGAUAGAAAAUCCACUACCGGGUAUUGUAUCUUUGUCGGAGGCAAGUUAGUGACUUGGAAGAGUAAAAAACAAAAUGUUAUUGCUCUAUCAAGUGCUGAAGCUGAAUAUAGAGCUAUGGCAUCUACUACCAGUGAGUUAAUUUGGCUUCAAUCUUUGCUUAAAGACUUUGGGUUUGUUAUUUCUCAGCCCAUGGAAUUAUUCUGUGAUAACGAAGCUGCUAUGCAUAUUGCCUCUAAUCCUGUGUUCCAUGAAAGGACCAAACAUAUUGAAGUUGACUGUCACUUUGUUCGUGAAAAGGUUCAAUCAAAUGUCAUUCAAAAGGUGUUUGUUAGAAGUAAUGAGCAGUUGGCAGACAUUUUUACCAAAGGCUUGUCCUCAUCUCAGUUUCAAGAGUUUCUCUCCAAGCUUGGCUCCAUUAACAUUUUCGCAUCAGCUUGA